GCCAAUCAUCUUGCGAGCUGUGGCCGGUUGCGAGUUAAGCCCCGCCCUCUCGAACCUCCUACUCACAUGGGGAUUUUAAACUAAAAAAAAAGCAUCUGUGGUGUCGUGGAUCCCGGUGAGCCCAAAACCCAACAGCUGAUAGUUAUAACCAGGUUUUUAACGGUUUGUUUUGAGUUUUUUUUAACGGAUAAAGGUGCAGAAAUGGAGCCGCUGGUUGCAGCCAUAGACCAGGGGACGAGCUCGACGAGGUUCCUGGUGUUCAAUGCAAAAACAGCUGAAUUGAUGAGCCACCACCAAGUAGAGAUAAACCAGAGUUUCCCUAAGGAGGGCUGGGUGGAGGAGGACCCCAAAGAGAUCAUGCAGUCUGUCUAUGAAUGCAUGGAGAGGACAUGUGAGAAACUCUGCCAGCUUAACAUCGACCUCUCCAACAUAAAAGCGGUGGGGGUGACCAAUCAGAGAGAGACGACUGUGGUGUGGGACAAAGAGACCGGCGAGCCGCUCUACAACGCCAUCGUCUGGCUGGACCUGCGCACACAGUCCACAGUGGAGAAUCUCAUCAACAAAGCUCCGGGCCGAAACAAGAACCACCUCAAGCACAAGACAGGCCUUCCCAUCAGCACCUACUUCAGUGCAGUGAAGCUGCGCUGGCUGCUGGACAACGUGGACGAGGUGCGGCAGGCGGUGCUGAGCGAGCGCGCCAUGUUUGGCACGGUGGACUCCUGGAUCAUCUGGUGCCUGACCGGGGGGAAGAGCGGAGGGGUCCACUGCACAGACGUCUCUAACGCUAGUCGGACCAUGCUCUUCAACAUCAACAGCAUGGAGUGGGAUCCUGAACUAUGCAGGUACUUUGAUGUCCCGAUGGAAAUCCUCCCCAAAGUCAGAAGCUCCUCUGAAAUCUACGGCUGGAUGAAAUCCGGCUCUCUUGCAGGAGUUCCAAUCUCUGGGUGUCUUGGGGACCAGUCGGCUGCUCUGGUGGGUCAGAUGUGUUUCCAGGAGGGUCAGGCCAAAAACACGUAUGGGACCGGCUGCUUCAUGCUCAGAAACACAGGGACCAAGCUCCUGAUGUCCGAACACGGCCUGUUGACCACCGUCGCCUACAAACUGGGGAAAGAUGUGCCGGCCUGCUACGCUCUCGAGGGUUCAGUGGCCAUCGCAGGGGCGGUGGUGCGGUGGCUGAAGGACAACAUGGGCAUCGUGAAGUCGUCCUCAGAGAUCGAGAAGCUGGCAGCUGAAGCCGGUACAUCUUACGGCUGUUACUUUGUGCCGGCCUUUUCGGGGCUCUACGCCCCCUACUGGGAGCCCAGCGCACGAGGCAUCAUCUGUGGUCUCACUCAGUUCACCAACAGGAACCACUUGGCUUUCGCUGCCCUGGAGGCCGUCUGCUUCCAGACCAGAGAGAUCAUCGAUGCGAUGAACCAGGACAGCGGUGUCCCUCUGACGCUGCUGCAGGUGGACGGAGGCAUGACGUCCAACAGGUUACUGAUGCAGCUGCAGGCGGACAUCCUCUGCAUGCCCGUAGUGCGGCCCACCAUGUCGGAGACCACGGCUCUGGGGGCAGCCAUGGCGGCGGGGGCGGCGGAGGGCGUGGGCGUGUGGAGCCUGAGCCCCAGCCACCUCCCACACCUCACAUCUGAGAAAUACCAACCUCAGAUCAACUCUGACGAGAGUGAGUUCCGCUUUGCUCGCUGGAAGAAAGCUGUCCAGAGAUCCAUGAACUGGGAGACCACAGAGCCCUGCUGCAACAACAACGGUUUAGGAAAGAAGAUGAACGGCGCCCCCUGGGGGGUCCCCCCCACCCCGCCCCCCACCAGAGCAGACCCCUAAGAUCACCAGCUGUAACUGUGGUACAAGACCUUCAUGGAGACCUGGAGACCUGCUGUGGAACCAGCCUGGGAGAGGAUCUGUAGCCUGCUAGAAGUAGUUCCCCUUC